AUGAAGCUCCUGACAACCCUGGCCGUCGCUACUUUUCUUGGCGUUGCCUCCGCGACCGAUGCGUCGGUUGAAACGGAGUCCAAGUCGGCCGUCCGCAAUUUGCGAGUGCAGAUAUCCGAGCAAGUGCCUGCCAUUCCGGCUCCUGCUGGAGGGCCCACCUCGCCUCGCCCUCAAUCGCCGCUCCAACACGCGCGGCACCCGUCGUCGCCCAAGGCCGAGCCGCAGAGGGGGAACGGACACGAGUCCCGCCACGGUGGUGACCGUGGCCGUGACCAUGGCGGUGACCAUGAGACGAACCGACGCAGCCCGACGCCGCGUUCACCGCAACACGGUUCCCCUCAGCGACCUCGUUCGCCGAACCACGGCGACCAUCUCUCCGUUGUGACGCCUGCGGGGCGGGGGCGCCAUGACGGCCGCGACUACGAGAGCGACCGAUGGAGUCCCACCACACCUCCACGUUCGCCUCGCCACUGGGGCCACCCGUCGAGCCCGAUGUUCGCGCCUGCGAGACGCGGUCACCACGAUGUUCAUGACUAUGGAUACCACGAUGGUCGCGACUACGAGGACUACGAAUGGAGGACCACCGCGCCUCCGCGUGCUCCUCGCCACUGGGGCCACCCCGCCAGUCCGACGGCGGCACCGGCGUGGCACGGUCACCACGACGACCGCGACCAUGAAAGCUACGGAUAUGGAUACCACGAUGGUCGCGACUACGAGGACUACGAAUGGAGGACCACCGCGCCUCCGCGUGCUCCUCGCCACUGGGGCCACCCCGCCAGUCCGACGGCGGCACCGGCGUGGCACGGUCACCACGACGACCGCGACCAUGAAAGCUACGGAUAUGGAUACCACGAUGGUCGCGACUACGAGGACUACGAAUGGAGGACCACCGCGCCUCCGCGUGCUCCUCGCCACUGGGGCCACCCCGCCAGUCCGACGGCGGCACCGGCGUGGCACGGUCACCACGACGACCGCGACCAUGAAAGCUACGGAUGGGCUACGGUCGAACCGGGCCGUCGGCCUCGCAACUCCGAGCCGCGCUCGCCUCGCCACUCGUGA